AUGAUGAUAGAUGUCAGCAAGAUGGUGCUAAUGGUGGUCCUACGGUGCCCCCCCCCCCGCCUCAAGAAGGAGCAGCUGGAGGAGCAGCUGAGUCUGCUGCCUGCUCACGACUACUUCAAGGUGGCCAGCGUGGACCACAGCCUUUAUCCUCAUCUCUACUCAAGAGCAUACAUUAAUUUUAGGAAUCCUGAUGACAUCCUUCUGUUCAGAGAUCGUUUUGAUGGAUAUGUCUUCAUGAGCAGUAAAGGCCUGGAGUAUCCUGCUGUGGCAGAGUUUGCCCCAUUCCAGAAGAUAGUCAGGAGGAAGCUGAAGAAGAGAGACACCAAGACGGGGAGCAUCAAAGACGAUCCAGAGUAUAAACAGUUUUUAGAAACUUACAGCAUGGAAGAAGAGAACCAGUGCCAACCCUGAAACUCUUCUGGGACAGAUAGAGGCAAAGACAAGAGAACUUGUUGCUAGAAGAACCACACCUCUUUUGGAAUAU